UGAAAGUGGCACCACCGUCGGGGGUGAAAACGGAUCGACGACCGGUGACCACAAUCAGUUGAGCGUGUGCUUGUUCAGUGACGGAGGGCAGAGCGGGAGUGCUGUGCUGGUAGCAGAAAGUAAAAGUUAGGGAAGUAACGUUAGUUGUUGCAGCAGACUGUACGAAGGCAGGAGCGCCAGGAGAAAACGUGGGAAGAACGGGAAAGGCAGCCGACCCUAUUACAACAGCAUACUAAGUGCAUCUGGCUAGCCAAUCAAGAACGGUUUGGGCAGUGUGUGCAGAGACGUCUCCUUCAACGCGUUGCAUUGAGCAUUUCAGCUGUGUCAAGAGCGGACAGCGAGACAGAAAUGGCAUCAUGCUUGACAUGCGCCUUUGACAAGAAGAAAGCUUUGAGGAAGUUGGAUGCCCAGGAGGCGGGCAGUACGUUGACCCUGCCUCGUGAGGAGGAGGCACGGUUGUUGGCUGAGCUAGCCAGGGGAAGUAGCAGCUCCCUGCAGAGAUCUUCUCAACGCUCCACAGGAUCAUCAUCACGUGACCCACACUGCGUGGUAGCACAGGAUUUCGCAUCGUGUGCUGCGGACGAGAUCAGCGUGAAGCGUGGCGAUUGCGUACGCGAACUCUACCGAGACGGAGACUGGAGCUUCAUCGUCACCACCGCCGGGAGUAAUGGGUUCGUGCCGUCCUCAUUUCUCAAACCGAUCGCCCUACUCUUCAGCACCAAUGCCGCUGCCCAGGAGCAGAUGCGUGCCAAGACGUUUGACAGGAACAACGUGUGUCGGGCGUCCAUCGACUCUCGUCGCUCCACCCAGUCAUGGAGUAGUAACGACAGCAGCUGCAGUGUCAGCACUAGCAGCAAUGCAGUUGUCACCACGGGCAAAAAACGUAGUUUGCCGGAUAGUGUUUCAGCACGGGAGCUGUGGAUACCGCCACGUGGCAAGUCGGAUUUCAGUAGCUCGCAGCCUGUGAGUCGCACGCACAGCCCACGACCCGGCAGUUCCACUAGCACCGCCGGCACAGCUGGCCAUGUCAACCACGUGUCACAUGACAGCGGAGCAAGGGCUUCGCCGAGUGGCUUGUCGGUUGUUGGCACGCGUCACCGACCCACCAGUUGCACACCGACACGACUCCGUCAGGCUACGGGUGGUGGCGGAGAGACGGCAACAUCGCACCAUGCACUGCACGGACAACAGGAGCAGCAACGAUGCGGAAGCGCGACGGGAUGGUCGGAAACACACAGCGGAGUGACGCCACGACGCGCUGUGUCGGGGAUCGCUAGACCGGACGGAACGCUGGCAUCGCGACGCGCCACAUCGCUACGCAAUGUGCGCAUCAGCACAGCUCGAGGGUCGGCACCCAGACACGUUCGCAUGGCGUACAACUUCGAGGCGAACACGGCCACAGAGCUAUGCGUGAGUAAAGGUGAAGAGGUUGUUGUGUUGGAAGAACAUGAUGAUGAUUGGCUGUUGGUGAAGAGGAAAACUGGACAGCAAGGACGUGUGCCGAAAUGUAUGACGACCGAUAUGAACGGCUCGACAGGGCCACCCAGCGUGGAACAGCUGCCGAAGAAUUUCAUCUUCAACAAGCCACGCCGUCCCAGUACGACUGUGCGUGAUAGCGUUGCCACGGAUAUCACCGACGACAGCGCCAUCGCUACGGGUGACGAGUCGUGCGGAGGGUCGCGGGCCAACUCACGUCGCUCCUCGCUGGCCGGGUUUGAUACGUCACAUGACAAUGCUGCGCCAUCACCACCGGUAUCAGCAGGGCCGGCAUCACUAGUGUAUAAACAUUGCCCGGAUGGUAGCGACGCUGAUCAGCAAUUCUCCACCAUGGCAACACGGCAUAACUCACCCGCUCCGACCGACACCGAUGAGGCGACUGACAGCAACACUGACCACACGGACAUGAAGCAUGCAAACACACAGCCAGAGGGAGGAGCAUCUCCGAACAAGACAUGCCCUGAUCAACGCUCACCGCAGUCUAGCACGUCGUCAAGAGCGUCGAUGUCCAGCACUAAAACUGCUAUGCUGGAGAUGAUCCGGGCACGGGAGGCAGUCGGCGACAACCGCACACGUCUGGUGGUAAUAUUCGACUACACAGCACUGGUGGCCGAUGAGAUGGACGUCAAGUCCGGGGACAUUGUCCUGGAGACGACAGACCGCUCCAAGCCGGGCUGGGUGUGGGCCGUGCUGCCUCGCACUAACCAGGAGGGUUACAUUCCACUGGCCUUCACACACCCUCACGGAACACAGGUGAACGAGCAGCGUCAGAUCACGGCCUUAUAACACAGGUGAACGAGCAACGUCAGAUCACGGCCUUAUAACACAGGUGAACGAGCAGCGUCAGAUCACGACCUUAUAACACAGCUUGUGUGUGAUGCAGCAACUUUCCAUCCCUCACUUUCUCAGGAUAUUCUUCCUGAUGCACUGCUCGCCUUUAGAAGUUUAUCUCUCAGCUGUAUAGCACUUCUUCCCAGCCGUCCAUGCACAUGGGUGGUCUAUUAGUAUGCAUGAGCAUUGAAGACCUGUAGCCCUCGAGUUGUUGAGAGUUAGUUUACUGGAUAUAACUUAUAUCGGUGGUGCGCAACACUUGAAACUAUGGCGUUUGUUGGUUACGUGCCCUUAGCUAAUCUCUUCCCGUUACGUUGAAUGUUUAUCUUCUGACAUGUACGCCUUUGUCUAUACUUGUUAGCUGGAGUGUUUGAGUUAUGCUUGCAGGAGAACAGCUGGCCGAGUAUCCCGGCGCCCGGCUGUAACUACAACAGCAUACCAUUAUUUGAUGUAUUAUUCGCUGAACUUCUCCACACAGAAGUGGAUGAUGAUGAUAAUGAGCUUUGUUUGUUUCCUUGUUUCUCGCAAAGUUGAAAAGAAGAGGCCCUGACUUUGACUUCAAUUGUAAUGCUUUCAACUGUUUUCCUAAAUUAUGCUUUUUGCUAUCGGCUGAGCUCUUUAGUGGUGCGUGCUUCAUCCGUGAAGUGUUUCGAGACACACAAAGACUUCCUGCGCGAAGAACAUUUUAUAAAUUGCUAAUAAUCAUACUAGAUUUGAAUACCGUCAGGUGCUUGUACAUGUAUAUCACAUGUUUGUGUUAUCAAUAAUUUUGUUUUGCCGCUAGUUUCAUA